UUCAGGCAAUCUUCACAUUGUGCUGAGUUCUCAAUGCGCCUCAUGAUCAAUACUUAACCUAUCUCCUGGAACCGAGGAUGCCACCGAUCGCCGUAGACAACGAGGUUGGAAACACAGGAUUCAAAGCGAAAUCGGUCGAGGCCCCGGAAGAUACACAAUCAGGACAAAGUUUUCGACGUGAGGCGAGAGCUGGUCGAUUCACCGGUCAGACGGCUGGAGCGGCUCCAAGUUAUGUUCAGGCAAACUUGAUAGUGUUGCCCUCCGAGUACGCAUCGGACUUUCGAUUGCUUUGUCAGAGAAACCCAGUUCCCUGCCCACUACUCGCAGAGUCCAAGGGGCCAGGAAUCUUCCAUCAACUCAAGUCAUGGACGACCAAUCUCUCGGGCGAGCAGAUCGCGAACGAUAUUGAUCUCCGAAACGACUUCCCGAAGUACAUGGUCUACGAGGAUGGGAAGCUGACGAAAUCACACUGCGCCGAUGUGGAGCGAGAGUGGACAGACCGACACGUUGGUUUCCUGGUUGGUUGCUCCUUCAGCUUCGAGGGUGCUCUGGCUGAGGCCGGUUUGUCCCCAGUCCAUGUCGUGCGUAAGAGGAAUGUGUCCAUGUAUCGCACAAAGAUUCCACUGUGUCCUGCGGGAGUGUUUCAGAAUUCGACCUAUAUUGUUUCUAUGCGGCCCUACAAGAGAAAGGACAUUGAUGCGGUUCGUAGUAUUUCGAGGCCGUAUGUUUCAACACACGGGGAGCCCAUUGACUGGGGUUGGGACGCCGUCGCCCGAUUAGGGAUUGAGGAUCUGGGAAGUCCCGCAUACGGCGACGCGCCUGUCAACAUGGAUGGCUCACCUUUCGUUUGCAACAGUAAUGUCGAAGGAGACGACGAAGUAGUGCCAGUGUUCUGGGGAUGUGGUGUGACUCCUCAAGAAGCCAUUCAAAGAGCCGGCCUUGCUGGGACGAUCAUGGCUCAUGCACCUGGCCAUAUGACUGUACUAGACAUCAGGGAUUGGGAUAUAAUUCCUGAUGUAGCGGGAGUUGAGAGUUAGAGGGUUGUCAAUCAUGAUUUCAUUUGUCUCUACUAUGUGGAGUUGUUGUCUCUGCGGAUUGCAUUCUCAAUCCAGCCCGUGUCCAUAUCAAUGU